UUUGUUAGAGAGAAUUUUAGAAAAUUUGUUGGAAAAGAAGAAGACCCACAACAGUGGUUGAUUGAAACAAUUAAUAUAUUUGAAGUAUUGAAAAUAAUCCAGUCUCAGUGGAUUAAUUUUAUUCCGUUAUUACUAAGUGAUAGAGCUCGUAUUUGGUAUGUAUUAAAUAAAUCAAAAAUGUUGGAUUUUGAUUCAUUUGUAGUGAAAUUCGUGGAGGAGUUUCAAGCCUAGUACGAGUAGGGGACUCGGAAAUAAAAAUUUAACAUCAAAACCUUCGGUUUUAACGAAAAGUGAAGUUAUGGUACAUAAAGAUCCAAUUGAAUUAAGUUUAAUUAAAUCAUUACACGAACAAGUAAUUCGAAAGUUGAAGAAUUUUAAUGGAAAAAAUGAUAAUGUAGUUAACUGGAUUGAUGAUUUGGAAGCACAAUUUAAUGCACAUGGUUGGUCAGAAGAUGUUAAAUUAAAAUGUAUUCCCACAUUAUUACAAGAUUUGGCAUUGAAAUGGUACAACAGGAAUUCGUCAACGAUUACAUCAUGGUCAGAUUUUGUCAAUAAGAUGAAAGAAGAAUUUGGAUCAAAAUUUAGACAACAGGAAGCAUUUGAACGAUUAAAAACUUACCAACAAACAGUUAAUCAGUCAGUGACGGAAUA